AUGUCCGACUCCAAGCAGGAAGAGGUACAUGGUAUCUCGCAGGUGGAGGAUACUCCGCGGGUUAUUGCUGGGUAUGGUGAAACUGCCAAGCGUGAGGGUGCGAAGACAAAGGAAGUCCGCAAUGCCGAACUUUUCGCUGCUAUUGAGGAGACCCAGAUUGAGCGAUGGAGUAAAACGUCUAUUCAUCUGUACUUCUGUGUCUUUGUGGCCUUCCUCUGUGCCUGUGCCAAUGGUUACGAUGGUUCCUUGAUGGGAUCGGUUCUGGCCAUGAGCCACUACCAGGACGUUUUCAAGACCGGAUUGACCGGAGAGAAGGUUUCUGUCGUCACCUCGCUUUACACAGUUGGAUCUAUGGUCGCUACUCCACUGAGUGCGGUUAUCUCUGACAGACUCGGUCGUCGCAAGUGUAUGUUCGUCGGUGCUUGGGUGAUUAUUUUCGGCUCCAUCAUUAUCGCCUCUGGCAAGACGCUGGCCCAAUUCGUGGUUGGACGUUUUAUCCUUGGAGUCGGAAUUCAAAUCAUGGUUGUCUCGGCCCCUGCCUACGCCGUUGAGAUCGCACCGCCACAUUGGCGUGGUCGCGCCGUCGGUUUCUACAACUGUGGUUGGUUCGGUGGCUCUAUCCCCGCUGCGGCUAUUACCUACGGCACGAACGCUAUUAAUUCCGACUGGCAAUGGCGCAUUCCGUUCAUCUGCCAAUGCUUCGCUUGUAUCCUCGUCAUUUUCUUCGUGUGGUUCAUCCCAGAGUCACCCCGUUGGCUCAUCGCCCAAGGAAGAGAGGAAGAGGCCCACUCUUUCCUGACCAAAUACCACGGCAAUGGAGAUCCUCAUGCCCGUCUCGUUCGUCUGGAAAUUGAGGAGAUGAAGGAAGGUAUCCGAAUUGAUGGUAUUGAUAAGAGAUGGUGGGACUACCGCCCCUUCGUUACCACCCACAGUGGUCGCUGGCGUUUCGCGCAAGUCAUUAUGAUUUCAGUCUUCGGACAGUGGUCUGGCAAUGGUCUCGGUUACUUCAACUCGACCAUCUUCAACGUACUGGGAUACAAGUCAAGCUCUAUGCAACUGCUGCUCAAUCUUGUCAACCAGAUUAUUUCCGCCGUUGGUGCUGGAACGGCUGUCUGCUUGACCGAUCGGAUGCCGCGUCGCCCAGUGCUUAUCUACGGUACUUUGGCUUGUGCUAUUGCCAUGGCCAUCAACGCCGCUAUCUCCGAGCCAAUUGCAAAGACAGGAAGUAUUAGCGCCAGCAAAGGUCAAGCUGCUUUGGCGUUCUACUAUCUGUUUAACGUCAUUUUCUCCUUUACCUAUACACCGCUGCAGGGUGUCAUGCCCGCCGAGGCACUGGAGACCACCACUCGUGCCAAGGGUCUAGCUCUGUCUGGCUUCAUGGUCAGCUGUAUCAGUUUCAUCAGUCAGUUCGCGUCUCCGAUCGGACUCGGUAACAUCUCGACGAACUACUUCUGGAUUUUCGUUGGGUGGGAUUUGCUUGAGGUUGUCUUUUGGUAUUUCUUCUGUGUUGAAUCACAGGGCCGUACUCUUGAGGAGCUUGAAUGGGUCUACCAGCAGCCCAACCCGGUCAAGGCAUCACAGAGCCUGGACAAGGUUGUUGUGCAAGUUGACGGUACAGUCACCGAAAAGAUUGAAGCGGAUGCUUAG